UUCACAGAAAUCUCAAAUCUCUUCUGCUCCAUAAGGCAGAAGCUGGCUUACUGGAGUCUCAGGACAGCUGGACAGGAGCAAGCUGGGUCAUGGACCUGUGUCUCAACUCCACGCAGCAGCCCCAGCACCUGGGGCAGGCACCAAAGUGCCCAGGUGGCUGGUUAGAGGCAGAAGAGGAGGGCGCUGCCCCAGAGGACGGCACCGGGGGACCCCCAGGAGAUCCUCAGGAGACGGAGUCAUCCCUUCAGAGCCUCCUAAAGUUCGUCCCUACAGAUUAUGCCAGCUACACUCAGGAGCACUACCGGUUUGCAGGCAAGAGCAUCGUCAUGCAAGAGUCCAUAGAGAGCUUCGGAGCGGUGGUGUGGCCGGGGGCAACAGUUUUGUGUCAGUAUUUGGAGGAACACACAGAGGAACUGAAUCUCCAAGAUGCUAAAGUACUUGAAAUUGGUGCUGGACCAGGCCUUGUUUCCAUUGUGGCCAGUAUUUUGGGGGCUCAAGUCACAGCAACAGACCUGCCUGAUGUACUAGGAAACCUUCAAUACAACCUCCUAAAAAACACACUGAAAUGUACAGCCCACCUGCCUGAAGUCAAAGAGCUGGUGUGGGGGGAAGACCUAGAAGAAAACUUCCCCAAGUCAACAUUUUAUUACAAUUACGUCCUGGCCUCCGAUGUGGUCUACCACCACUACUUCCUGGAUAAGCUGCUCAGCACCAUGGUGCACCUGUCCCAGCCAGGGACGGUGGUGCUGUGGGCAAACAAAUUCAGGUUCAGCUCUGAUUAUGAGUUUUUGGAUAAAUUCAAGCAAGUUUUUGAUACAACUCUCUUAGCCGAAUAUCCAGAGUCAUCGGUCAAGCUUUUUAAGGGGAUACUAAAAUGGGACUGAAUAAAAUAACAUGUGUUUCAAAAUAUUAGUGCGCCUGGAGGCUGUGAGCAGCUGCACUGGCAGUGGACUUCUUUCAGAAGAGGAGAAGGCAGCACAUGGUGAUACCUUGCAAAGCCAGAGCAAACAGUUAACAGCCCUGCAAGGACUUUCAGGAAGAAGACGAUCAGCUUAAUCUAAAUGUCUACUGAGAAUAACACAAAGCCAUGAAAACAGCUUUGCUAACUUUCAAAAUACAUUUUACAGUGAAAAAGUGCAUUUCUCCCUUGUUACUGCUGCUGCAGAACCUGGGAUUUAUGCCCAGUGCCUUUCUGCCAUGUGGUUUUUGACCCCAUCAAAGAGAGAAGGCAUGAAGUGACACAAAAAUUAUAGAUUUAAUACUGACUAAAGGUGAAAAAUACAGAAGCAGCUAGAAUGAAAAAACAGUAUCUUAGGAACUUACAAGAACUUGCAAAUACUUUCUAUCAAUCACCUGUAACAACUGUAAAUUUCCGGAUCAUCUGCCUUUUAUGCAGUUUUAUAAUAAAAUUCUUAGAGCACUGAAAAGGAAUGAAAUUUUUUCUGAUAGGAUAUAAAUUGAAAAAAAUCAGUUAUAAAAUGAAGAUUUUCCUUUGAGGUAGGGAAAAAUUCUGCCGACAAUCAUUGUUCAUUACUAUUAUACUAGUGAUUUUAGCUAAUGUGGUAAGGAAAACAAAACGUGCAAAUUUGAAAUGGAAGAAAUAAAAUUUACACUAUUCAGGGAUGACAGGAUUGGCAGGCCAAGGUCAGCAAACCUUUUUCUGUAUAUGUUAGCCUAUCAGCUACCCACUGUCUCUAUACAGCAUUCCUUGUUUAGUGGCUUUUAAAAUCACUUCUAAAAAGGUAAGAACCAUUCUUGGCUUGAAAACUAGACCACAGGUUGAAUUAAGCCCUCAGCUAUAGUUUGCUGGUCCCCGGAAUUAUAUGCAAUCUACAAGUUAAGUCUGCUGAGCAAAGCUCAAUUUUCCUUGGAAGUUCUAACCACGAGUAGUUAGAAAAUAAAAUUUAAAUAAGAUUCCAUUUAUACUAGCAGUACAAAAUACAAAAACAUCUAAAAAAAUUUAUUACAUUAUUGAGCAAAAUUAAAAAUAGUCCAAUAGGUAGAAAGCCAAGGCAGUAGGUUGGGAUACAUUCCAAAGACAUUGAUAUUUUCCAAAUUCAUCAAUGGAUAAUGUACAUGUAAUGGACUUGACAGCUGAACUGAGACUCAGAGAUCCCUCAGUUAAUGAAUACUUUCAUUUUCAAACAGUUUGGUUUGCAGAUAGAAGCAUUUGGCAAAAUUUUUUCGUUUGCAAACUCUGUGUUGGGUAACACACACGACUGUGGCCAUCUUCCCCACACAAACGCAAUGUGGCCGUCUUUUUCCAGAAUCGUGGAACAAAUUAAGCUUGUGAAGCAUGGCACCACUGCAGCAGCUGGUGUUAACUGCUAAUAUCAACACAUACCGGUACUUUCCAAAGUGAACUUUAAUGUCACCUAUAAAAAUCAGCAAAUUUCUAUACAUUUAAGGGACAAAUGAACAUUUUGGUCAUAAAGGGUUUAACUGGCUCCAUUUUCUUAAUUGCUAUUGCCUAUUAGGAAUAUGAGUCUCCAAGUAUUUGAUGACAGAUAUUUCCAUCAAAGAAAUAAAAAAUAAAAUAAAACCUGGCUGAGUCAACAGCCUUAAUUUUCUUCUCUUAAGAGAAGGGAAGGAAAAUGCCUCUUGCCUUGCAAUUCCUUUAGAUACAGAAAGGAUGAAAUCAGACUCUAGGGCAGAAGGAAAGUUGUGAGAACUGACAGGGCAUCUUGCCUGUCCUGGAACUGUGUAGUAGGGGUGGACGUCUGUGUGAUGAUCCCUUUUGUCCCACCCGUUUUCACUUGCUGUUUCCUCUGUCAAGUGAGCAAGGGUGGGAAACGCAGGUCAGUGUAGAAGGCGCUGUUCUGCUAUUAUGAACUUCAGGAAUUAGGUCGGCUGAUGGUGCAGGACAGCCAAGGAAAGGCAGUGUUGGAAGAAUAGUAAAAGAAAACAAUAAGCUCUUUGUUGUCAUCAGUUAGACAAAUCUUAAAUAUGAUACCAAAAGAACAGCUAUAAAUGAAAAAAUUGUUGAAUUGGACAUUAACAUUAAAACCUUUGCUCUUCAAGAGACUAUUAAGAAACACAUGAGCAGAAAAUAUUUGCAAGCAGACACACAAAAAAGGGCUCAUGCACAAAAUACAGGACUUCCACAAUAACAGGACAGAUGAGCCAACUGGGAAAGCAAAAGGCUGGAACAUCACCACCGAAAAAACACAAAUGCCCAAUCAUUAUCAGGAAAAUGCAAGUUACAGUAUCUUGGGUAGUCAAACGUGGAAAGCUGGCAGGGUCACGCUGAGGAGGAGGCCCAAACCCUGCCAGGCUGGCACUCUGCUUCUGGGAUGCAGGGCAGCACAGCCACUGGGUCUCUUACUAGCUAAUGUACACUCACUAGGUUAUGUUAAAAAGGAACAUACCAUUAAACAGCGAUCUUGUCCCUAGUAUCUUCCUAAAAUAAAUUAAUACAUCUAUUAUCAACUGGUAAAUGGAAAAACAGAAUGUGGUACAUCAUACAAUGAGCUGUCACCAGCAGUAGAAAGAACCGAGACACCCUGGCAUCGAUGUGGUUACAGCUCAAGCACAUCCCACUAAUAAAAGCUCAGAGUCUGGAAAGUUCAAACCAUAGUGACAGAAAGUAAGUCAUGGCUGGUUUAAGGCUGGGAACAGGCCUGGAGACUGACUAGAAACGGGCAUGACAGAAUUCUUCCAGUGACGGGAAAUGUUCUAACACUGGACUGUGUCGAAGGUUAAAAUUUCUCCCCGUUUUUUAAGGAAAUGGGGCCUUAUCCCCUAAAUGUUUUCCUCGACUUGCAAAUGUAUUCCUUUCACAUUCCAGAACAAGGACUAUGAUACAAGCUUAUAAACAGAUAAGUCUUUUUAGAAAAGGUAGAUUGGCUGCAGUUAUCUUUUUACUGCAGAAAAAGUUACAUGUGAAGAGCAGAUAAACUGUGUGCAUCACGUUUGUGGCUUAUUAGGUGGCUAUUGCAGCCAGGCACUGUUAGCACGUGAACAGAACAGUGUUGUCACCGCUCAUCCCCACAUGGAAUUUUAACUCAGGGAAAAUCUUUUCUCCUCCAGUCCUCUACCCG